AUGACACCUAUUGAGAAUGACGAAGAAGUCAAGUCCAUGUUUCAGUGUCACAUAACAUUUUCUCAAUUAUCCGCCAUUGAGAUAUAUGUUCGUCUCCUUGAACAUCUUGAAACAUAUCUGGCUCAAUCCAUACAAUUACACCAAUAUGGAAUGAGUCAAACCACUGACGAUGAACCGACUCAAACUAAUAAACCUUUCAUACCGAAUGAAGAGCGAUGCGAUGGAAAUGAAAACCUCAUCGACACACCUACUGUAGCAGUAAGAGCUCAACCGAUUAGUUUGUACAAUCCACCUGGUCACAUGCAAAAUAUAAGUUUGGAUGAUGCUGAACCGAUCUUUGCUUUUGGAAGUUUCACACCAAUCCACAAUGCCGACGACAUAGAUGAGGGCAUGAAGUUUGAAAACAAGGAAGCGUGUGAUGCCGCGUUGCAACAUUGGCAUAUAAAGCGUAGUCUAGAUUAUUCAAUGACUAAAUCUGACAAUGUUGACGGAACAUGGUUGUAUGGAAAGUAUAGAGGGACUCUGUUGAUGGAUGUGGCACAUCAUAGGAACAGGAACAUUUUCCCAAUAGUUUUCCCAUUAGUUGAAGACAUACAUGAAUCAAUAAAUAGUGCAUAUAAAAAUCCUGAAAACGGAUGGCAUGAUCCUCCAUCUUCCCACAUCUAUUGCAUUAGACACAUUGCACAAAACUUCACGCGUGAGAUUAAAGACAAGGAACUGCACAAAAAACUUGUUAACAUGGGUUAUACGUUGACAGAGGCGGCAUUUAACUACUAUCAUGGGGAAAUCCGAAGAACAAACAAUGAUGCUUUAUCAUGGAUAGACAACAUCCCUCGAGAGAAGUGGGCAAAGGCAUAUGACGGAGGGAAACGCUGGGGUCACAUAACAACUAAUCUGGCAGAAGCAAUGAACUCGGUACUCAAAGAAACCCGGAACCUUCCAAUCACUGCAUCGGUCCAGUCUACAUACUAUCGAUUAGGAUCACUCUUUGGUAAAAGAGGCCAUCAAUGGACAAAAAUGUUGGCCUCUGGCCAAGUUUUCACUGAUAAUUGUAACAAGGGGAUGGCUGAAGAAGUCAGUAAAGCUAACACACAUAACGUCAUGCAAUUUGAUCGCGAGAGAUUCUAUUUCAUGGUCCAUGAAAAGAUUAACCAGAAUGAUGGUCGACUAACCGUUACUUUCAGUGUUGAUCUUAGGAAACAACAUUGCGAUUGUGGGAAAUUUCAGGCAUUUCACUUACCUUGCUCCUAUGUAAUCGCAACAUGUUCGAGUAUGCGCCAGGACUACUCCAUUCACAUACCAUACGUGUUAAAAUUUCUUAACGUCUUCAAGGUCUAUAAGGAGAGUUUCUUAUGA